AUGUCGGAAUUAAAUCUACGCCAGUUCCAUGCGGCCGCUAUUUUGCGGAUGUAUGACCAGACGAAAGAGGCGAAGGCUGGUGACCUCAAUGUCACUCAAAUUUAUCAGCGUAUAAAAUCUGCUGACGUCCAUUUUGAUCGGAUGCUCACAAAUCAUGAGGCUUUGGUUGCCGCAGCCAAGGAGGAGGACUUAGAGGUACACUCAGGAUGGUGGGACUCCACCGAAGCUGCCUACAUAGAUUUGUGCGCAACGCUGAAUCAACGACGAAGGGAGUUGGAGGGUGAAUCUCUGCCUGCCAACAAUUCGCACAAAGUUUCGCCAAUGGAAUUAAAAUUAGAGCCGCUGUGUAUACCAUGGUUUGACGGAUCCGCUUAUAAGUGGCUUGCAUUUAAGGAUGCAUUUGAGACAUUGGUUCAUCAGCGGGAUUUGCCGGUGGCAUACAAGUUGGGGAAAUUGCGCCAGGCAGUUAAGGCAGAGUCGGUUCCGUUGGUAGGAGUUACACCAGCGGUUAGUGUCGAUAUUGGGCAAUGGAGACAUUUGGCAAAUCUCCAAUUGGCAGACCCAUAUUUUGGUACUCCGGGUCAUGUUGAUGUACUUCUUGGUGCUGAUGUCUGGGGCUCGAUUGUAGAAGGGGAUGUCAUACAUGGAGGGUAUGAUGAACCUCACGCACAGCUUACCCGACUUGGUUGGGUUGUAUUUGGGCCAGCGUCCGUUCAGGGCCAUUCUAGUACAACAGUUGGCAAUUAUUGCGCGCAGAUUAGAGACGAGCCUUACUUGGAGGAUCUCAUUUGUAAUUUUUGGAAGCUUGAAGAAGUACCGGUGACAACUAAGAGCUCGGAUGAUGAAUGCGAGCGGUUCUUUGCCACUACACACCAACGUAUGGCCGACGGACGCUAUGUUGUGAGAUUGCCAUUCCGUCAAGAUGGUCAACCGUUAGGCGACUCUUACGUCAACGCUCGACGUCAGUUCUCGCGUUUGGAGCGACGUCUGGCUGCUGAUCCGGACAUGCAUGCAAAAUAUAUAGCGUUUAUGAGGGAAUAUGAGUCCCUUGGCCAUAUGGAAAGAGUUGUUCAGCCAGUUGUUCAAUCUGGAUGCUAUUAUAUUCCCCACCAUGCUGUAUUGGGAAAAUUUAGAGUGGUGUUCAAUGCAUCCGCUCCUACCUCCAACGGGCUUUGGCUUAACGAUAUCCAACUGGUUGGAUCCCCCAUUCAAGAUUCGUUAAUCAACAUUAUCCUCCGCUUCCGACGCUAUGCCAUCGCGAUCACAGCCGAUGUGGAGAAGAUGUUUCGCCAGGUUCUCGUGGCACCACAAGACAGAGACUUUCAGCGUAUACUUUGGCGUGAAUCUCCAUCAGAGGAAGUAAUUACUUACCGGCUGUCUACUGUCACGUAUGGCAUGGCAUGCAGUCCUCAUAAUGCGAUAAGGGCUAUGCAUCAGUGUGCGUACGACAGCUUCGAGAAGAUUCACAAUCGCAAUAUGGGCAUCCAAGCGCGAGAAUCCAUUCUCUCAUCAUUCUACGUGGAUGAUUUCCUCACCAGUUGUAGCACCGUCGAAAGUGCUAUCACUUUAGCAACGAAUAUCGACACCAUACUGAGAGCUGGAGGCUUUAAGUUAGGGAAGUGGAAUUCUAACGACGCCGCCGUAUUGAUUCCAUUAGGGAAGGGCUUAUCACCUAGGGAAUGCCCUAUUGAUGCAUCAAUUGCCUCUGUGCUAGGUUUGCGAUGGAGUCCAGUCGACGACAUCCUGCUGUUCAACGUGGAACUCAAGCAACCCGGCGGUGUAUACACAAAGCGCAGUGUGCUCAGCGAGGUGGCGAAGUUGUUUGACCCAACAGGAUUCUUGUCACCCGUAGUGGUGGUGGGUAAGAUAUUUAUUCAAACUGUUUGGUCCGCAGGUAUUGAUUGGGAUACUGCUCUAACAACGGAAUUACGCGAAAUUUGGCUAACAUUUCGCAAUGACCUUACUGCUCUCAACAUGCUUUGGAUACCUCGUUGGCUUGGGAUGAAGGAAGGGUCGACUACCACGCUUUAUGGGUUCUGCGAUGCCAGCCAAAAGGCAUAUGCUGCCGUGGUGUACGCUCGAACAACGAAUUCUCAGGGGGACGUUCACGUAGCUUUAGUUACGGCCCGAACCAAGGUGGCACCCCUAAGAGGAGCCACUAUACCUCGCUUAGAGCUAUGUGCGGCACAGUUACUAGCUGAGACUCUUCGAAACGUCCGAAGUGCAUUAGGAUUAGUCGACCAAGUAGCAUCUUUGUGGUCAGACUCGACUAUCACCCUCUGUUGGUUGCGAAAGCAGCCUGAGACGCUUAACCCCUAUGUAUCAAAUAGGGUCCGGCGAAUACAAGAGUUAACUUUGAGGGAUGAAUGGCAUUAUGUACGUUCAUCGCAAAACCCAGCGGAUUGCGCAAGUAGAGGCAUAUCUGCUUCAGAACUUUUGGACCACCAUUUAUGGUGGGGUGGUCCCAGUUGGCUACGGGAUGACACAAUAGAUCCCACCUGUCUCCCUAAACUACGUGAUUGCGAUGAAGCUGUAGUGAAUAGCGAGAGAAGGAUGACCACGGACUAUUACGAGUUGGAGGCCGCAUUUCGAAAUCUGCGUUAA